AUGGCUCCAUACAGUGGUAGACCACAGGAUAAUAUUUGGAGUUCGUUCGUUAAAUUGACUCCAAAUGGUGCAUUUAAAACUACCAGAGCGAGAUGUAAAAAAUGUUCUAAAGAAAUGUCUUCUCUCGUUAAGAGGAUGAAAGAGCAUUUGGUUAAAUGCCAAAUUGAUGUUGAAGUUGUGGAAGACCAUAACACUUGUGAUACAGGCGAUACUGAAGAUGGCCAAAGCUUAUCCAAUGGCUCCAACGAUUUAUCGAACAAUGACAAUCUUAGCAAUAACAAUAUGAUCAAUAUAUUAAAUGAAGCAUGUGAAAUUGAAACUAACACACUAACUGCCUCAACAUCUACUAUUUCUAGUUUGUCCUCUUCAAUCAUAAAAAAAGGUACACAACAAACAUCUAAAAAUGCCAUAGGAGAUUUUGUUAUUCGGACAACUCAGAUAGAUAAAAAAAGGUUUGAUUUACAGACAGCAAAAUUUAUUUAUAGUACUAACACACCAUUUAGACAUGUAGAACAUCCAGAAUUUGUAAAAUUAAUAAAUCAACUAAGACCUGGUUACAAAUUACCGAAUAGGCAUAAUAUUGCAAAUAAUUUGCUAGAUGAGGUAUUUAAUGUAACUAUUUCUGAAAUAAAAUCUCAAUUAAGGGGUAAAAGUGUAUGCAUGUCAAUGGAUGGAUGGAGCAAUAUCCAUAAUGAACCUGUAGUAUGUAUUUCUGUUUAUGACAUUAUUGAGAAAUCGGUUUUUUUGGUUGAAACAAUCGACACUCAAGAUAACUCUCAUAAUUCAGAAUAUUUAUUAAACUUAGCUGUAGAGGCCAUAAACAAUUGCCAAAAAUAUGAUUGUAUAGUUCGAAGCUUUGUCACUGACAAUGCUGCUAAUAUGGCCAAAAUGCGAGAAGAACUUGCUCAAAUUGAUGAAAUUGGUGCUGUUAAUAAUAAUGUACGUGAUAUCAUAACAUAUGGAUGCAGUGCACAUAUUUUAAAUUUAUUGGCACACGAUUUAGAAGUUAAUAGUAUAAAAUCAAAUAUCAAACAUGUCAUAAAGUAUUUUAGAAAUAGUCAUAAAAUAGGAGCCAAAUAUAAACAGGCAGGUGGUAAAACAUUAAUCUUACCAUCUGAUGUGCGCUGGAACACUUUUUCUGAUUGCCUACAGUCCUAUCUAGAGAAUUGGCAUAUUUUGAGUUCAGUUUGUUCAAACAACCGUGCAGCUAUUGACGCCACUAUAAUAAGAAAAAUAGAAGAUAUGGAAAUGAAAAGAAAUGCUGAAGAUUACUUUAAAAAACUUAAAAUGAUAUCAAUCUCAUUAGAUAAAAUACAAAAAGAUUCUUGCACUUUGAGUGAGGCUAUUGAUGUCUGGAAAGAUUUAUUAGAUUUUUUUGAAAAAAAUUGUGACUCAAGUGAGAUUGAAAAACUGAAAGAUAGAUAUGAUAUGGCUGUGACACCACCACAUUUUUUAGCCAAUAUGUUAGAUCCUAAAUUUAAUGGCACUCGUUUAUCUGAAGAAGAAUCUGAUUCAGCAUUGCAGUACAUCUACAGUUACCAUCCAAAUGUAUUAGCUGAAAUAAUAAAUUAUCAAGCACAAUGUGCUCCAUUUAAACCAUACUUAUUUAAUUCUGACACUGUUAAUAAUAUUAGUCCGAUGGCAUGGUGGAGCGCUUUAUUUAAAAGGAAAUUAAUAUCAAAUGAUCUUAACACAUUGACAAUGCAGUUAUUUACAGCUGUAUGUAGUUCGGCAGGAAUAGAAAGAUUAUUUUCAUCAUUUGGUUUUAUACAUUCAAAAUCGAGAAAUCGUUUGGGUGUCGAGAAGUGCUCAAAAUUAGUAACCGUUUUUAAGCAUCUCAACAAAUAA